AUGGCUCACGCCUCCUUAACCACCCGAUCUCUGUCGCUUAAACUAUCUGCCAACGGCUGUUUCAGCUUCAAAGAGCCAGUCCCCAGCUUAAGCGCCAUCUAUGGUUGUGUGCGGCAGAGCCGCCACGCGAAGAAACAUGUGCGGGCAUCUUCUGGCGGACGGGUUCCGCUCAGCUACACACAGCAACACCAGCACAAAAGCCUCAUAAGGUUGCCACCUCGGGCAGUCACGAUAUGGUCAAGACACAAAUCCGAAUUACCAGUUAGUGCCAUCCCUUACUCGGAGCUCACCAUCGGUAUUCCGGCAGAGACUUUCGAAGGUGAACGACGCGUCGCGGUUGCUCCGCAGAAUAUUCCUCUGCUAUUAAAGAAAGGCUUCUCCCGUGUCCUCGUUGAACGUGGUGCUGGCAAUGAAGCCGAAUUUACGGACGAGGUCUAUGAGCAUGUCGGCGCCACUUUGGUGGACCGCCAGACCGUCUGGUCAGAGAGCAACAUUCUCCUCAAGGUUCGGCCACCAAACAUUGAGUCUGAAGUUCCCAACAUCAAAGAAGGGACCACCUUGAUCUCUUUCAUUCAGCCAAUGCAAAACAGACCGCUCGUCGAAGCGCUUGCGUCUCGCCGUGUGACAGCUUUCGCCAUGGACAUGAUCCCCAGAAUAUCCCGUGCGCAGGCUUUCGACGCAUUGAGCUCAAUGGCAAACAUUGCUGGUUACAAAGCCGUGCUGGAGGCAUCGAACCACUACGGUCGGUUCCUGACUGGUCAGGUCACCGCUGCAGGAAAGAUUCCCCCUUCGAAGGUACUGGUCAUUGGAGCUGGUGUUGCUGGCUUGAGUGCUAUCACGACCGCACGCCGACUUGGUGCUAUUGUGCGCGGCUUCGACACCCGCUCUGCCGCUCGUGAACAGGUACAAUCCCUAGGCGCUGAUUUUCUGGAAGUCAGCGUCAAGGAAGAAGGCGGCUCUGCUGGUGGCUACAGCAAGGAAAUGUCCAAGGAGUUCAUCGAGGCGGAGAUGAAACUAUUCAUGGAGCAAUGCCAGGAAGUGGACAUCGUGAUCACCACUGCUGCCAUUCCAGGAAAACCUUCGCCAAAGCUCAUCACGGAGAAAAUGGUGAGUGCCAUGAAACCCGGCUCCGUGAUUGUCGACCUGGCAGCAGAAGGUGGUGGAAAUUGCGAAGUCACGCAACCCGGCAAGCUCAUUGUGCACAACCAUGUCACCAUCAUUGGAUACAAGGAUUUCCCGUCCCGCCUGCCUACGCAAUCUGCCAGUCUGUACUCGAACAACAUCGCCAAGUUUCUUCUAUCCAUGGCUCCCAAGGAGAACUCGUUCGGUAUUGACCUGGAGGAUGAGGUCGUCCGAGGCUCCAUUGUCACGCACAACGGUGAAAUCAUUCCUCCUGCUCCACGGCCUGCUCCUCCUCCAACUCCUCAGCAGCAACAUCACGAGGAGCCUAAGCCUGUCGAAUUGACUCCGUGGCAAGCCCAAACUCGUCAAGCCGCCGCAGUCACUGCUGGUAUGGGCGGGGCUCUUGCACUCGGCAAGCUCACCUCCCCCUUGUUCAUGGGAAGCGCAUUCACUGCGGGACUUGCAGGUUUAAUUGGCUAUCGGUCAGUCUGGGGCGUCAUUCCCGCGCUCCAUUCACCUUUGAUGAGCGUCACGAACGCCAUUUCCGGCAUCGUGGGUGUGGGUGGCUUCUUCAUCAUGGGUGGAGGCUACUUGCCCGAGACUAUCCCGCAAGCAAUGGGUGCAUUGUCAGUCCUGCUCGCUUUCGUCAAUGUUUCCGGCGGGUUCGUCAUCACCAAGCGCAUGUUGGAUAUGUUCAAGCGUCCGACGGAUCCGCCUGAAUAUCCGUGGCUAUAUGCCAUUCCCGGUGCGCUAUUCGGAGGCGGCUUUAUUGUGGCGGCGAGCACAGGUAUGGCUGGGCUUGUGCAAGCAGGAUAUCUAGUCAGCAGUCUUCUGUGUAUUGGAUCCAUUCAAGGUCUCGCUUCUCAAGCAACAGCUCGCAGAGGCAAUCUACUUGGAAUUCUGGGCGUCCUUGCAGGCAUCAUUGCCUCCCUGGGCGCAGUGGGCUUCUCGCCCGAGGUCAUGGCUCAAUUUGGCGCAAUUGCAACCAUCGGUGGUAUUGUUGGUGCUUUGAUCGGUCGACGUAUCACUCCCACCGACCUUCCUCAGACAGUCGCGGCUUUGCAUUCGGUCGUCGGUCUUGCUGCUGUUCUCACCAGCAUUGGCAGCGUGCUGACUGACGUCUCGGAUAUUUCGACACUACAUAUGGUCACGGCGUACCUGGGUGUUUUAAUCGGUGGCGUCACAUUCACAGGCUCGUUAGUCGCGUUCAUGAAACUUGCAGGCCGGAUGUCAUCCAGACCCACGAUACUUCCAGGUCGUCAUAUUAUCAACUCUAGUCUGUUAGCUGCCAAUGCAGGCACGAUGGGAGCGUUUGUGACCAUGGCUCCGGGUGCGCCCGCCGUAGCUGCGGUGUGUUUGUCCGCAAAUACCGCACUCAGCUUCAUACAGGGUUAUACCACCACAGCCGCUAUCGGAGGCGCAGACAUGCCCGUGGUCAUCACAGUUUUGAACGCCUACUCGGGCUUUGCGCUUGUUGCGGAAGGAUUCAUGCUAGACAACCCCUUAUUACUGACAGUGGGCUCUCUGAUCGGCGUGAGCGGUUCCAUUCUUUCGUACAUCAUGUGCGUGGCAAUGAACCGGUCCCUCACGAACGUUCUCUUCGGCGGUAUCGCGGCCAUACCGCAGGACGCGGGCAAGGAAAUCACCGGCACUGUCACCAAAACCACGGUGGAAGAAACUGUCGAUGCCUUGGCGUCGGCGGAAUCCGUCAUCAUUGUGGUGGGAUACGGUAUGGCCGUGGCCAAGGCGCAAUACGCCAUCGCCGAGAUGGUGGCCCUUUUACGCUCCAAAGGCGUCCGGGUGCGAUUCGCGAUCCAUCCGGUUGCUGGAAGAAUGCCGGGCCAGUGCAACGUGCUCUUGGCCGAGGCAAGUGUGCCAUACGACAUUGUGCUUGAGAUGGACGAGAUCAACGAAGAUUUCCCCGAAACGGAUCUGACCUUGGUGAUUGGCGCCAAUGACACAGUCAAUCCGAUUGCCCUUGAACCCGGGAGUCCCAUUGCAGGAAUGCCAGUGUUGCACGCCUGGAAGAGUAAGACCGUGGUGGUCAUGAAGAGAGGCAUGAGUAGUGGAUAUGCCGACGUUCCAAACCCGAUGUUCUACAUGCCCGGCACGAGGAUGCUGUUUGGCGACGCGAAGCAGACCUGCGAUGCUCUCAAGGCGGCGCUCGAGACGCGGUACAAGGCCCAGUUCCACGUGUAA